AUGUGGAAUAUAGAGCUAAGCGAGCCAGGAAUAUGGAAUAUAGAGCUAAGCGAGCCAGGAAUAUGGAAUAUAGAGAUAAGCGAGCCAGGAAUAUGGAAUAUAGAGCUAAGUGAGUCAGGAAUAUAAAAUAUAGAGCUAAGCGAGCCAGGAAUAUGGAAUAUAGAGCUAAGUGAGUCAGGAAUAUAAAAUAUAGAGCUCAGUGAGCCAGGAAUAUGGAAUAUAGAGCUAAGCGAGCCAGGAAUAUGGAAUAUAGAGCUAAGCGAGCCAGGAAUAUGGAAUAUAGAGCUAAGCGAGCCAGGAAUAUGGAAUAUAGAACUAAGUGAGCCAGAAAUAUGGAAUAUAGAGCUAAACGAACAAGGAAUGUGGAAUAUCGAGCUAAGUGAGCCAGGAAUAUGGAAUAUAGAACUAAGUGAGUCAGGAAUAUGGAAUAUAGAGCUAAGUGAGUCAGGAAUAUGGAAUAUAGAGCUAAGUGAGCCAGGAAUAUGGAAUAUAGAGCUAAGCGAGCCAGGAAUAUGGAAUAUAGAGCUAAGUGAGCCAGGAAUAUGGAAUAUAGAGCUAAGUGAGUCAGGAAUAUGGAAUAUAGAGCUAAUCGAACCAGGAAUGUGGAACAUAGAGCUAAGCGAGCCAGGAAUAUGGAAUAUAGAGCUAAGUGAGUCAGGAAUAUGGAAUAUAGAGCUAAGCGAGCCAGGAAUAUGGAAUAUAGAGCUAUAUGAGCCAGGAAUAUGGAAUAUAGUGCUAAGUGAGCCAGGAAUAUGGAAUAUAGAGCUAAACGAACCAGGAAUGUGGAAUAUAGAGCUAAGCGAGCCAGGAAUAUGGAAUAUAGUGCUAAGUGAGCCAGGAAAAUGGAAUAUAGAGCUAAAUGAGCCAGGAAUGUGGAAUAUAGAGCUAAGUGAGUCAGGAAUAUGGAAUAUAGAGCUAAGUGAGCCAGGAAUAUGGAAUAUAGAACUAAGCGAGCCAGGAAUGUGGAAUAUAGAGCUAAGUGAGUCAGGAAUAUGGAAUAUAGAGCUAAACGAACCAGGAAUGUGGAAUAUAGAGCUAAGCGAGCCAGGAAUAUGGAAUAUAGAGCUAAGUGAGUCAGGAAUAUGGAAUAUAGAGCUAAGUGAGCCAGGAAUAUGGAAUAUAGAACUAAGCGAGCCAGGAAUGUGGAAUAUAGAGCUAAGUGAGCCAGGAAUAUGGAAUAUAGAGCUAAGCGAGCCAGGAAUAUGGAAUAUAGAGCUAAACGAACCAGGAAUAUGGAAUAUAGAGCUAAGCGAGCCAAGAAUAUGGAAUAUAGAGCUAAAUGAGCCAGGAAUAUGGAAUAUAGAGGUAAGUGAGCCAGGAAUAUGGAAUAAAGAGCUAAGUAAGCCAGGAAUAUGGAAUAUAGAGCUAAGCGAGCCAGGAAUAUGGAAUAUAGAGCUAAGCGAGCCAGGAAUAUGGAAUAUAGAGAUAAGCGAGCCAGGAAUAUAG